CCCCUCCUCAACUCUCCCCCCCCACCAAAAAUACAGCAAUCAUGGCCGCUGUCCAGGGAGUCAUCUCGAAGCGCAGAAAGUUCGUCGCCGACGGUGUCUUCUAUGCCGAGCUGAACGAGUUCUUCCAGCGCGAGCUGGCUGAGGAGGGCUACUCGGGUGUCGAGGUCCGUGUGACUCCUACCGUCACCGAUAUCAUCAUCCGUGCCACCCACACCCAGGAGGUUCUCGGUGAGCAGGGCCGCCGCAUUCGCGAGCUCACCUCCCUCAUCCAGAAGCGGUUCAAGUUCCCCGAGAACUCCGUCUCCCUCUAUGCCGCCAAGGUCCAGAACCGCGGUCUGUCCGCCGUCGCUCAGUGCGAGUCCCUCCGCUACAAGCUCCUCAACGGUCUGGCCGUCCGUCGUGCCUGCUACGGUGUUCUGCGAUUCAUCAUGGAGAGCGGUGCCAAGGGUUGCGAGGUUGUCGUGUCCGGCAAGCUCCGUGCUGCCCGUGCCAAGUCCAUGAAGUUCACUGACGGCUUCAUGAUCCACUCCGGUCAGCCCGCCAAGGAGUUCAUCGACUCCGCCACCCGCCACGUUCUCCUCCGCCAGGGUGUCCUCGGUAUCAAGGUCAAGAUCAUGCGCGGCUCCGACCCCGAGGGCAAGGCCGGCCCCCAGAAGACUCUCCCCGACUCCGUCACCAUCAUCGAGCCCAAGGAGGAGCAGCCCGUGCUGCAGCCCAUGAGCCAGGACUACGGCGCCAAGGCCAUCGCCGCUCAGCAGCUCGCCGAGCAGCAGCGUCUUGCCGAGCAGCAGGCCGCCGAGGCCCAGGAGGGUGGUGCUGCUGCCCCUGCCGAGACCUUCGCGCAGGAGUAAAUGCAAAGCCAAGUAGUUCGUUGAAUAUUAUUCCCUUUUUUUUUAAUUUAAAAAAUGGAAAAAAGAAGAGAGAGGCUGUGGAUUUUGUCACGAUGUUAAGGCCCUGCUACUCCCUUUAUUAUUAUUUUUUUUUAUAACUCUCUCUCGACCCCGUCCCUGCACCUUAGACCCAUAUCCCUCAUACCGACCGCAAACAAAUAAAAAGAAAUUUGUGAAACUUCAAUUACCUUUUCUUUUCUCCGUUUUGGGGUGGUAGAUUGGGAUCUACGUACUGCACCUAGGUGUUGGGGUAUAAGUAUUCUACAGAUUUGUCUUCGUCAACUGUGAAUACGUAAUAAGGUAUAUGACCCAUAGCUUAAUAGCUAGGAGCUAUA